AAAAUGUAAGUUAAGAAAUGCAUUUAUUUUAUUGUUACGAAUUAAAUUAACUUUAUUUUUAUAGGAGAAAACAUAAGAACAGAACACAAAAUACAAUAAUAAUUGAAAACGCAAUAAGCCAAUUAUGGCAGGAAUUAACGGAAUCCCUUAAUGCUACACUUCCACCACAUAAAGAUGUAUCCGGGUGGAUAAGAUCAUAACUGAGUGGAAAAGCGAAAUCAAAAGAAAAUUAGCUUCCAACAAAAUGGAGAUGGGAACAACAAGAGGUGGCCCCUUUGCAAAAUAUCAGCUCACUCAAAAUGAAGAAACCAUUGUGCGUCUUUGUGGCUCUUCGCAAAUCGUGGAAGGCAUGCCAGGCGUUUCUCUUGGCACCCGACCCGUCAAUAAGAAUGUAUCUGUCGCAAUUGCAAGUGUGAAUGUAGAUAUAGAUUUGUCUUUCUCAUCGCUAGAGCAACAGGUUGAAAAUUUAAGUUCUUAUGCAUCAAGCAGGCAAAAAGAUGUCGACGAUAUACCCUCCACGUCACAUGGGCCACGAGAAAGAAAUGCUAAUGUACCUAGCCGGCAAAAAUUAGAGAGUACAGCAGAUCGUUUAAAAAGAUUUUUAGAUGAGGAAGACAACAAAAAUGGGGAUAUAUUAAAAUAAGAAAUACGUGUGGCACUCGAUGACUGCCGCGGCAAAGCUAUUGCAGAUCAUUUUUCAUCAACUUUUGCAAUUAUAAUUAUUUAUUUUUUUUUAUGCAGUAUUUUUUUUUCUUUGGUAUUAAGUAAAGUUACACUUUUUGAGCGUGCUGCCGUUUAUUAUUAUUUUUUCUUUUAUUAAAUUGUUUAAAAUAUUUUUAUUAUCUUACAAUACAAGUAGGUUACUCAGAAAUUUGUAUCAUUGAAACGACAGGUUUAUGGUAAAUGAAAUAAAAAACAUAAGUUUGAGACUCGAUAUCCUCUAAAUA